AUCUAGUCCACAGAUGUUACAAUCCGCGCACACCUGCGUCUCGAGGCGGCCUCUCCACUCCACCCCUCUCUGCCUCGGGCUUGGCCGUUUCGUUCUCAGGUGCCUCGGCGUCUUUCUCGCUGUCGAGCCGUCCCUUCCAUCUGCGUUUGUCGACGAAGCAGUCCCCGGCCGCAAUGUCACAGCCCCAGUCCCAGUCCCAGUCCCAGUUUCUCGGCUGUCGAGGCGGCAAACUGUCUUCGUUCGACUCGUUUGCCAGCGUCACUCUUCCGCAGCUCGACCUGCUCUCCAACGACACUCUCGGGGCCCUCGCCACCAAGUGUCUGCAGCAAUCUCAUGCCGCAACAUCCGUCCAGGCCGUGUAUCUCGGGAGCUAUGGCAACUGCAGCAGCAAUCCCAUGGUGCAGGUUGCGUGCUCGGCACAUCCUGCCGACACCAACUUUGCCUCUCCCGAUUGCGCCCCGGCAGCAGUCUCGAACUUGAGGAUCGGCAAAUGCACGGCCGGCGCUCCGUUCAUCUGGGCUGUCUAUGCGACGAACAUAUCUGCACCGGCGCUCGCGCUGCCUCCGAGCCCAACAGCACCGACCUCCAGCAUUGGCCCUGUUCCUGCCACUCCAACCCCUUUUGCCACUGGGAUCGCAAGCUCCCCCAGCCCCGGCUCUGGCAGCGACAUCAAUGUGCCCAUUAUUGCCGGCAUUAGCGCAGGCGUCGUCGUCGUUGCCGCUGCCCUCGUUGCUGGUGCACUUGUGCAUCUGAAACGCAAGAUCCGAAAGCACCGCGAGAGCCUUCCACAGCUCCAACCGCUCCCCAGCGCAUAGAUCCAAGUCGGCACUCGGCCCACACCUCAGCCUGCCUAUCGCCUCUGGCAAUCCUGCUCCUCCGUGUAUCCGUUUCUAUGGCGACCCAUGGCGCCCUCAACCUCAUGCAUCUAUGCGCCUUCAGGCGGCCCUGCCCUGGCCCUACAGGCCGUAAUACAUCGACAGCGCC